UUUUGUGUGAGACCUAGCUCGUGGUGGUCGCAACUUCGCGCUCGCGUCGCACCUAAUCAGCCUCUUGGCACAGCACACAAUAAAAAUAAACCACUGGCGGUUAUUCAACUUUUUCCGUUGAUAUCGAAUUUUUUUUUCAUUUAUAUACUUCUUGUAUUUUUGUGGUUUCUGUGUUUGCUUCUGUGGGGCCUUCCUGACCAAUUACAUUGUAAAUGUUUAAUGAGAUCUCCCUCUUGUGCAUUCAAUGGGGGGCGAUACGCAUUCCUGAAUAAACCGCGCCGUGAGCCCAAAAAUUUAUAUAUACAACAUUCUGUGUGAUCAACAGAUUUAUAGGUGACGCCCGCGAACACGGAAGUUUUUUCCACUCUCUGUUGUGAUUUAACGACCAAGAGCGGGGGUGGCGACUGGUGGAAUUGUAUAUUGACCGGCAAGGAAAAAGUGGAAUGUGAAUUCAUAAUUUAUAAGACACACAGUACCAACAAGCCCUCCCCCUCUUGUGUUGGUCAUUCACAAACGAAAACAGCACUCAGAUACUGAACAUUAUCGUCAUAACUCAGUGAACUUUCGCAUGCCUUGGAGGCAAAUGCUGGAGUGAGGGCGAUGUUUCCACCCGUUGACUCGUCGGUAUCGUCGACAGAUCACGAGAUACUCGACGGGCCUCAAAUUUCUACACCUGAUCAAAUUCCCAAGCUGCCCGAGGGUGUGGCGCCCCUCUUCAAGGCAUCCAAUACACUACGGAACAAUAUUGAUGCCAAGGAUGAGGUGGCGCGCAAGAGGACGUCGCUGAAAAUUGAGAAUAGUGCUUCGUUAAUAAUGGAAGAGCAUCUCGUGCACAAGAAGCGUCUCUCAUUGGCUGACAGUGAUUUGGCCGUGUGCACAAAGCGCUCAGGGAAUGCCCAGGAUGUUCCCCAAGGGAACACCAAGCAUGAGGCUAUGGCGGACAAAAUGCCAGACAGCAAUAGGAAUUCCCUACAGAGCUCAAAUGCCGACGAUGAGGAUGACUACAAUGACCUGGAGAAUGGAAAUAGUAGCAGUGGAGCUGACUUCCGGGACUCCAUCGUAUCCAGCGAUGCAGAACUCCUCUGUGAGAAGCUAAAUACCAUCAAUAAAUCCACGGAUGGCGAUGGGAAUCAUCCAGCUGAGCUCUUGAGUCCCAAUGAAGGGCCUCUGGCCAGAAGAUAUGCAGAAAUUGCGCACUUCAGGAGUGGAAAAUGGUCCGAUGCCAUUCAACCCUCGCGACCGAAUAAGAGAUUUACUCUCGGUUCACUGGAUCCGGAUGAAUGUGCCGUGGGGAGUGGCAAUGGGGGGUGCUACGGUGACGACGAUCUUCAGGCCCUAAUACCACCAACAACGCGACGACUUUCGAGGGAUGAACUGAGUCAGUCACGUACAUCGCUGGUGUCAAGUUCAGAUGGUGGCAUCCUGGCCGAGGGGGAGACGUCCUCAGAAUCGUCUGGCGACUCCACCAGCCCACCCUGCGAUCUGGGUCUCGUGGAGCGCCUCCUGCGAACCCAUCCUGUGUGGUUCCUACCCGGAAUUCAACGUGCCGGCGCGGUGCAUCUGCUUCAGGGCAAGGAGGAGGGUAACUUUGUCGUCAGAGGAAGUAGCCAGGCCAACACAAUGGCUGUCUCAGUGAGACUUCCUCCGGACACAGGACCCUACAUUGAGCACUACCUUAUCCAGUCGGAUAGUGGUAUCCUAUCGCUGGAGAGUUCUCGCUUCAAGUUUGACUCCAUUCCCGCCCUGAUAGCUCACUAUGCACAGUGCUGUGACGAACUCCCUGUUCAGCUGAUGCUCCCACGAGCACUUCGAGAAGCCAAGAAUCGUCAGCAACUCUCCUCCCUGGCACUGCUUGGGCAGGAGUUCUGGCGAUACCCAAUGGCAAGCCCAAAACCCGGAAGCCAGGCUUCCACGCCCGUUGACCCGAAGUCAGGAGCAACGGACUCAUCGGGUGUUGGGGUGACGGUAUUCAGUUCAUCCGUGAGUCAGAAGUACCAGCAUAAAGCACUUAAACCCCCAGCUAUUCUUAGUCCUGGGCAAACGAGCACAUCGCCCCUCUGCCAAGUGGAGACACCCUCCGACACAUCAUCUAGUCUCAGCAGCUUUACACCGAGCAAUGGAAAUCAACUCCUUAGCCCGGAAUCCGUGGAUAGUGUUGUUCUCACCAUGUCUCCCGUGGAAUCAUGCCGAUCGGGCAUUGUGGGCAAGACGAGUACGUUCAAGACACAGCUUAAGCGACAAGCACCCGUUCCACUGGCCAGGACACCCGAACUCAUUGAUCAGGGUGAGAAGACCAGCGCCUUUGCGGGAGAUUCCUUUGCUGCUGGUCAAAUCCGUGCACCACGACCUACACCACCAAAUACCCUCAAUUUGGGACCUCUCCGCACACCACCAGCUCCACCGCCACGCUGGUCUAAACCCGUUGCCAAUAUGAGCCCAGAUCAGGCAACUGUGGAAACUCAGGCGAACAACUUCACUGUAACCACGACAGUUACAUUCAGCAUGGAAAGUGGUCCCAAAGUACAGAGUCCCCAGAUUGUGGAGAUCUCUUCCCCAACGGCAAGUGAUGUUCUCCAGUUCCAGACAAUCUCCAAGAGACUGUCACCUGAGGGAGAAUGCCACAAGAACGGGGAUGCCAUGUCCACACUUGACUCCAAGAGGUGGAUCUCUAAUCACAGUAGAGACUCGUCCCGCGGGAAUCGGAAGUUAACGUCUCCAAAUCAAGCGGAGACCCCCAAUGGGCAGCGUGUACGUCGAAGUAAGGCCAAGAAGGAAUCCAAGCACUACCAGGAAUCUGACAUCCUGGAAUCCCCAUCGGUGUACUGUAGAAGUGCUCUGGGGGACAAGAUAAGUGACUAUGAGGAUAUUUGGACACAGGAGAAUAAUAAUGGGCAUCCAAACUUCCACAGAGGAUCUCAAAUGUCUAGCUUCAGGCCUGAAGUUCACGGAAAACGACCAGAUCUCCUAGCAGAGACACCCACGGUGACUUCCCUGAAUGGCAACCUCCUGUCCCCAACGGGCUCUAUAGCAUCGUCAAAUAAUACCCCGCCGAAACCACCGUCAGAGACUGAUUCCGUGGCACCACUGUGCCCGCAGCAGGACGCAACAGAGAGGACAAGCUUCCUGGACAAUGAAUCCCUCGUGGCGCACCUUUCAAAUCCCAAAGAGGGCACCCAACGCUUUGGGAUUUAUCACAAAACUCAACCAAUGAAUCCCGAUGUGGAUCCAAUGCUGCAGCCACGCAAUCGUUUGGGUCUUGUCCUCACGAGUACACCUCCAAAAUUGGAUGAUCCCACAACACCCCUCGGGGCAUCAGGGAGGAGUAAACAGGGUAGCCCCUUCUACUCCGAACCCGUUGAUUCCGUGCAGAACAUCACACGACGCAGCAAUAGGAAUUCCCACAUCCCCAGCAGUCAGCGUUUCUCAGAGCCCCCCAAGGGACCCUUCCGUAGUGCUCUGGCUUCAAUUAUCCCACCUGGUGAUGCAAUGCAGCGAAACCCACUCGCAGGAUCACUGGAUGAGCUGAAGAAGCGCAACAGGAAGGCUCGUGGUCGAUUGGAUCCGUGGCCACUGGACAGCAGUUGGGAAUUCGUUGGGAAUGAUGCAAAUGACGACAACGACUACGACUCAGACCUCAAUUGGAGGACAAGCUACAGGCGUGAGAGUGCCGUGCAAUCUCCACCGCAGGUUCCACCACCGAAACCCCAACCAGAACCAACGAAGGAGGUGAAACAGAGACCCCUGACCAUUCACCAGAUCAUUGCAACGAGAAUGCCUGAAUUGAAUCUUCCGGAACAAAUUAGAUGUUCAACACCAACACCGGAGUCCAGCAUAACGAAUGGCACCAUUACGCGGCGACAACGAAUCUCGGCCUAUGAUAACGUAGAACGGGGCCCCACGUCGUCCCUUUUGUGCCCAGAUAGCGCCCAAUCAGAUGAUGGAACGGUCUUUUCGGAGCCCUGGGAUAGCUCCCAAUGGGAUUCCUUCCUACCACACGACGAUGCAUCCGAUUCAAUCCACCUCUCAAAGUGUCGGGCACUUUUGGGUCAUGAGGAGGACGACACCCUCGUGGAAGAUGCGUCACAAAGAGAGAAACAACCCGCCAAAGUGGCCACAAUAUUCCGCAGCCGAAGCUGUCGCGAUCGGGAGAUUCUCUGUCAUCCACGGAAUAAAACAACAUCAGGUGGCCCUGGGGAGUCCGUAGGAGCGUACGCCAUGUCCCUGGCGAAUGAUCCAACCACAACCUUUGCCCGUAACAUUGAGAACUUCAUCUGCUGCACCAAAGAAUCCCGCGAAGCUGCCCCGCAGAUCGUUAUGCGGAAUAUGCGGCAAUUUAUGAGCGGCAUGAAGAACUACCUGGUGAAGCAUGGCGAAGGGGACUUCCAUCUUGAGGUGCAGCGUGCGUGCUCACGCCUCAAACCCGAUGAAUUCCUCAAUUUGGACACAAUUCUCGAGGGGGUGAUGCAGCGUCUUGUUGUCCUGCCACUGCGGGAGCACCUCUAUGGGUUAUUUGUUGAAUUCUACACACGAUCGCGGGAUAUUCAGCUGCUUGUGGAGAAUGUGAGAUUUGCAAGUGGCAAGAGUGCCGUUGAUAUGGGAAUCCGGAAGGAGGUGUCACCACCAUCGGAAUCAUCCCUGCGCUACAUUGCCAUGAUCCUGCAGCGACUACAGGAGGCUGAGCAACCGCUGGAGAAGUUAGACUUCCUCCUAGCUGCUGUGUCGGCAAUCUUCGAGGCAACGGGCUCUCCGAAGAGUAAUGCUCUCUGUGCUGAUGACUUCUUGCCCAUUCUGGUGUACGUUGUGGCCAAAAGUGGUUUUAUCGGAGCGGAAAUUGAGGCUGAAUUCAUGUGGGGUCUCCUGCAGCCGUCACUCCUCAGCGGUGAGGCGGGUUACUACCUCACGGCACUCUGUAGUGCUGCCCAUGUACUUAAAACCUUCAAGGAUAGCCAAAACGAGAUGUGCGGAUCGAUUGAUUGGAGAUCAUCUGCCAUGCCCGCGUGCUCAUCCGUACUGAGGGUCAUCAUCCCAGAUGAGUACAAUGGAUCACUGCAGACAAGAACACUGCCCGUGCGUCCGCAUACAACCACCAAAGAAGUUUGUCGCAUUAUUGCUCACAAAGCGAGGAUAACAAAUCCCCAGGAUUAUGGGUUAUUUAAGCUCGUCGACGGAGAAGAAACUCUAUUGAUGGACUCAGAAUGCCCUCAGGAUGCUAGGCUGGCUGCACGUGGAAAGCACUGGAUGUUGGCCUACAAACGCAUCGACGCCAAGAUUGCAUGGCCAACAGCUGCAGCGUCUUCAUCUUCCUCCUAAAAAGGGCCACCCACCACCAUCCCCAUUUCGUGCGUAUAAAGAAGCAGUAUUGGAUCCCCAUUUACCACACCGAAAGCUCCAACGCUGAAGCUUUCGCCGUGGCUUUUGGAUUUACCGCAAAUUUUUUAGUCUCUCAUCGUAUAUGGAUAAAUAUUUAAGGAAAAAAAGUUUGCAUUAUAAUCUCAUAUUUAGUCGCGCGGAAAUUUAUUCGAUGACUAUUUGCUGUAAUUUCGGUAAAGAGAAAAAAAAUGAAAUACUUUUUAUACAUUCGGACUAUAUAUAGCAGAGAAAAAAAACUUUAAUUCUCUAUAAAAAAUAUGUAUAAAAUGCAAUUUUUUUCGUAAUCUUUAACGUAUUUUCUUGCCAUGCAGAAAGGAUUUUUGUGCAAAGAGUUUUUGCUGCAAAAUGAAAUGGAGAAAAAAUAUAUUAAUGCUGUGAUUUGUUACUCGGUCAAGUUUUUUUUUUAAAUAGUUUUCUACUGCAUCUUUUUGUUUAUUUUAUUCUCUUUCAAUGAAACUAAAAGAAAAGAAAGAAUAAUUAUUCCACACAUUGAGAAAAAUAUUCUAAAAGAAUUUUAAUGAAAUAUUUGUAUAUUUUGGGAAAGAAAUAAAAGGAAAAAAAUAUUUUCAUCACAGAAAACUCUUGCAAAAAAAUAGAAGAAAAAAGCGACCAAUUUUUUUGUGAAAGUUGUAUUUUGCAUAAUAAUAUAUAGCACACAUUUAAUCGUGUCACGAAUUAAUGUUUAAGAAAGGAAUUCCAGGUGAAAAAAAAGUGAAAAUACCGUGAAUGUAAAACUUUUCUCUUUCUUCUAUUUUGCGAAAAUAAUAUCCUUUUUUUUAGAAGAAAUUAACAUUUUAAAAAUGAUCCUCAAAGGCAAUGAUUCGAGGUUUGUGAGUAGAAAAUUCUCCUGAAGAUACUUCGCUUGAUCUCUCUCCUCUCCCUUCCUCUUACUCCCAGAAGAUUCUCUGUCUGUGAACUCUUCUUCCCUCCUUCCCAAAGAAAAAAGGUUUCCAAACAAUCCUGAGGAUCAUUUACAUAAGAAAAGAAAAAGGAAUUCUCCUAAGAAAUUGCUAUUUAUUGCAUCACCUUUGGAGGUAAAAUGUUUAAGAGGAUUUUCUGCUCCAUCCUUGACUAAUAAAUAUAUUUAUGAUGGAAAAUAAAGUAUCAAAUAUAUUGAAAAAAAAUCUAAUAUAACGUAAUAUUUUACUACACGACACAAGAUGAAUAACCUUUAUAUAGAAAUUUCAUCAUUUUGAUAAAUAUUGAGAUAAUAUAAUAAAAAAAGGAAAACUAAUAAAGAGUCUCAAAAGUAAAA